CCGCACGGCGCGGUGCCGGAAGUGAGCGAGCACUUCCGCCCGCCAUCCCUGCCGGUUCCGACUGCUUGGUUGUUUGUGGUCCCAGCUCUGCAAUCAUGAAGGAUGUGCCGGCCUUCUUACAGCAGAGUCAGAGCUCCGGGCCCGGCCAGGCCGCCGUUUGGCACCGUUUGGAGGAGCUGUAUACGAAGAAGUUGUGGCAUCAGCUGACACUUCAGGUGCUUGAUUUUGUGCAGGACCCAUGCUUUGCCCAAGGAGAUGGUCUCAUCAAGCUUUAUGAAAACUUCAUCAGUGAAUUUGAACACAGGGUAAACCCUUUGUCCUUGGUAGAAAUCAUUCUCCAUGUGGUUAGACAGAUGACCGAUCCUAAUGUGGCUCUCACUUUUCUGGAAAAGACUCGUGAGAAGGUAAAAAGUAGUGAUGAGGCAGUGAUCUUGUGUAAAACAGCAAUCGGAGCUCUAAAAUUAAACAUCGGUGAUCUGCAGGCAACAAAGGAAACCAUUGAGGAUGUUGAAGAGAUGCUCAACAAUCUCCCUGGUGUGACAUCAGUUCACAGUCGUUUCUAUGAUCUCUCCAGUAAAUACUAUCAAACAAUCGGUAACCACGCGUCCUACUACAAAGAUGCUCUGCGGUUUCUGGGCUGUGUGGACAUCAAAGAUCUGCCAGUGUCAGAGCAACAGGAGAGAGCCUUUACACUGGGACUUGCUGGACUUCUUGGCGAGGGAGUUUUCAACUUUGGAGAACUUCUCAUGCAUCCUGUGCUGGAGUCACUGAGGAGCACAGACCGGCAGUGGCUGAUUGAUACCCUAUAUGCUUUCAACAGUGGUGAUGUCGAUAGGUUCCAGACGCUGAAGUCUGCCUGGGGCCAGCAGCCUGACUUAGCAUCCAACGAGGCCCAGCUUCUGAGGAAGAUCCAGCUGUUGUGCCUUAUGGAGAUGACUUUCACACGGCCUGCCAACCACAGACAACUCACUUUUGAAGAAAUUGCCAAAAGUGCCAAAAUCACUGUAAAUAAGGUGGAGUUGCUGGUGAUGAAGGCACUCUCAGUGGGUCUGGUGAGAGGCAGCAUAGAUGAGGUGGACAAGCGCGUUCAUAUGACGUGGGUGCAGCCUCGAGUGCUGGAUUUGCAGCAGAUCAAAGGAAUGAAGGACCGUCUGGAGCUGUGGUGCACUGAUGUGAAGAGCAUGGAGAUGCUGGUGGAACACCAGGCCCAAGACAUUCUCACCUAGUGCCCCAGGGUCCUGCAGACCCUGCCUCACCCUGCAAGGCAGUUUUGUGACCCCCCAAAACCAUCACCGGAGAUCUGUGUUGAAUUGGAUUCCUGCUAGGAGUAAGAACUGUGCUUGCUAUAAAAGCAGAGAUCUGUCAUUGAUGGGGGUGUGGUUACUUGGAGAAAGCUCUUCUGUAGGGCAUUUGUAGCCUGCAAGAGGUGGGAGGGGCCUCCAGGCCUAGAUGAUAAGGAAGGGUACAGGUGGAGAUGGGGACAGAGUGGUCUCCACACAAAUCCACCUCAGUGGACCUUUUCCAGCACAGUCUGAGAAUGCUCCUAUAAUAAAUGCCUUUGCUUUGUUCUCUUGA